UCAAAUCCGUAGAAUGCUAUCAGAAAAUCAGUGAAUGCAGACAUAAUGCGCCCUUCAAGAAUCUUUGUCGUUAACAGUGUCAAUACGUGAUAGGAAACAGUGAAAUGAAGAGUGCUAUCGGCCGAUGCCUGCAGCAUUUCUUGAAGAAUACUACGUUGCAUGGUUUCAAAUAUAUAAUCUCCCCAUAUUAUAUAGAUCGCAUAGUUUGGAUCAUGUGGUGCAUCGUAAGCGCAAGCUGCGCAGGCGCACUGUUCGCAGUUUUGUGGGCGCGUUUUCUUCAAGUGCCGGCUCUGCUUACCCUCCAAGCUCAGGAUCUAGUUCAACCAAUGCCCUUGGUUGGCAUCUGCUUGACUCCUCAUACUACCGCUAAUGUUAUCGCCCAAAGUCUAACCGCCAAUACUUCAGCAUUGUGGUUAACAAACAAUACAGACCUAGUCGCAUUUAUAAUACAAAAAUUACUAGAAAAAAAAAUUACAUCAAAAGGAAAUUUGCUUAUAUUAGAAAAUUUGCAAUAA